GGGCCCAUAUGUUUUUAGUGUUUGAUCGCUGGACUCCUUUGAACUUCUAGUUAUUAAGUUCGAUCUAAGAUUCUUCCCAAGUCCCGUGCUUGAUUUCCUCCUUUCGUAUCUAGGCUGAACCGAAGAUCGCGUACAUUGUGGUUCGACAGCUAUAACAUGCGAAGGUACAGUCCACCAUACUACAGUCCUCCAAGGAGAGGAUAUGGAGGUCGGGGAAGGAGUCCUCCAAGAAGGGGAUAUGGUGGGCACAAGGAACAGAAUAAUGGAAGUCUGUUGGUUCGCAAUGUUCCUCUUAAUUGCAGACCAGAAGAUCUUCGAGUUCCAUUUGAAAGGUUUGGGCCAGUAAGGGAUGUCUACUUGCCGAAGGACUAUUAUACAGGGGAACCUCGAGGGUUUGCAUUUGUGCAGUUUGUGGAUCCUUAUGAUGCCACAGAGGCUCAAUACCACAUGAAUGGGCAACUUUUUUGUGGGAGGGAGAUUACUGUGGUGGUUGCUGCAGAGUCUAGAAAAAGGCCUGAGGAAAUGCGCAACCGAGCCAGGUUAAGAGGGCCUUCAGGUCAUCAAGGACGGCGAUCAUCUUACUAUGGACGUUCACGGUCCCGAUCAGUAUCCCGCUCACGCUCUCCACAUUAUCCUUCAUCUUCUAGAAGUCGAUACCGCUCAAGGUCAUACUCCCCUGCUUCUAGACGAAGAGGUGACUACUCUGUCUCCCCAAGGAGAAGACACGGAGAUGAUCCAAGAUCUCCAAGGAAUCCUCCACCAGAGAGAGAUGAUGAUCACUUGCGCCGACGGUCAUACUCUCCACACUAUGAUGAGGCUGAUCGAAAUCCAGGUGGCAAGGGCUAUGAUGAAAAGUCUGCGUAUGCUGAUGAAGCACAGGCGGGCUGGAGAUCAUCUCCAGGACGUGCCUCAAGAUCGCCAUCUGGAUCAAGAUCUAGGUCGGCUGAUUUGUCACCCCGGCACAGCAGAUAAUUGAAAGGCAAGAAAAUUCAAAUCAGAUGUAGCUGGCUAUUGAAAAGUGGUUCUGAACGUUGUUGUGCACUAUUUGGUCCCUAAAGGUUUUUUAUUUUUGCUGUGUUCAGAUUUUAUGAAGUUCGGCCGUCUGUGUCAGCACAUCUAGUGUCUAGUAGAUUAACCUGUGAUUUUAUUCUUACUAAUUAGAGACUCGCACAAGUGUGGUGGUCUUUUGGACU